AUGUUGGGUCUAACACAAACAGGCAGCUCUACUGAAGGGCCAGCAACUCGAACACUUCGGUGUUCCGACGCCUAUCGAGUUUACGUUACUCUCAAAGUCUCCUAUGAGGAGACAACUAGGUUAGGCCUGCGAGGUCAAUUUAUUAACGUGGGGAGUAUUUUACAGGAGAAGCGUUGUCAAAUUAAUGGUCGUGAUUACGCCUUUGGGACUGACGGCCGUUGCAUGCCUCAGAUGCGCUCCGACCUUCCGUACGGCGGGCCGGUGCGGGCAACCGACUCCUCAUCAAAGGCCAUUACAAGUCCUAACCUGAAUCUGACCAAUCCAGGCUUCGUCUCCCACCAGCAGCAACCCUCCUUGGUCUCCUCUGGCCUCUCCUACACCAAUUCUUAUCCUAAUCACUUCAAUCAGUCACUACAAGCAGCC